UUAACAACAAACUAUCACAAAAUGAAAUUCCUCAUCUGUUUGGCUCUCCUCUUCGCCGUUGCCCAGGCUAAUCCCGGUUUGGUGGCGCCUUUGACCUACUCGGCCGUUGGUGCGCCCGCCUAUGCCACCUAUGCUGCCUCUCCUUAUGCCGCUUACUCGACCUAUGCUGCACCGGCUGUCACUACCUACUCGCAUGCUGCUUACUCUGCACCAGCUGUGGCCACUUACUCCAACUACGCUGCACCGGCUGUCUACAGUGCUCCUGUUGCCCGUUUCGCUUCUGUUGGUCCAGUCACUUACAGCGCCCCCCUUGUGUCCACACUGUUGAAGAAGUAA